AUGGUUAUUGUCGAUGAUCCACUAGAAGGCAGUUCAGAUUCGUAUGCUUCACCAAAUCCUUCACCCGCACGAGGAGUGUACGGUUUUGCGUUAUUUGUCUGUUCUUGGUUUUUUUUGGCCUUAUAUCUAAUUUGGGCUCUUCUUCCAACGCCGUAUUUGGAAUUACUUCAUUUAACGUACCUACCGGCCAAAUAUUGGGCUAUUGCUAUACCGUUACUAUUACCGAUAACAGUUGCUGCAUUUAUUAUCCUUGUAUUGGCACAUAAUCUUAUUCAGUUGCAUGGAGUUUUUGAGGAUAUCGAAAUUAUAGAAGACGAUUUUGGAGGAAGUGUAGGACUUCGCAGUGUUAAUUUAUAA